UAUGUAUGCAUAUGAGUUGAGAGAGCAUCUUAAACCAGAAAGACACCUAAAAACCAAAUUAUGAAUAUCAUACCUUGGACUAGAUGUCUGCUGAUAGCCGUGUUACUUAUUCAACCUGAUUACAUUUGCUGUGCAGGUCUCGGUUCAACCUGCACGCUUGCAGCACAAUGUUCAGGUGUAACAAAUGCUACAUGUAAAUCAUUGACAUGCAAGUGCGAGGCUCUUUUUAAAACAGACAAGCAAACAUGCGUUCUGAAUGGUAUAAAUGAUACUUGCGCUGGUAACCAAAACUGUUUGAGUGCAAAUCAUUUAACAUGUGAUACACUGAAAUGUCAAUGUGCACAAGGAUAUAAACCAAAGGCUGGGGCAUGUAUUCCGAAAGUGAUUGGCAAACAAUGCACAGAUGCAACGGUAUCGACUGAUUGCCCGCUAGAAAAUUCCGUUUGUACUUCAUCGAAAUGCGCUUGUAAAUCAGGGUACAAUAACAAUGCUGACAGAUGUUUGAAAAUCAUCGGAGGACACUGUAUGGGAAGCUCUGCAUGUACUGGUGACACUCAUUCAGUGUGCAAUAACAAUUUAUGCGAAUGUGCUGAACACUUUGGAGAAAAAGACAACGUGUGUACUGCAACCUUAGACAGCAAACAAUGCACGCCACCAAAAGGUACGGAGUGCGGCGCUAAUGCUGAAUGUGACGAAAAGACAAAAGCAUGCCGAUGUAGUUCUGGUUUCAAGAUGAACGUUGACACUUGUGUUGCAGAUAAUGGAGGUAUGACGACAUCCCUGACAUUUGCCAUACUUGCAAUUCCUGGAUUGCUAGCCCUGAGGGAGGCAUAUGGACAGUUUAUGUAAGAGUGUCAAAUACUUGCUACCUAGUAAAAGGUAUAUGGAGUGUUUGACCCAUUUGUUACCGAAUUGGCAUUUCAAACCUUCAUGGAUCGCAUGCUUUGUUUCCGUUUCAUCUACGAUGCGUUUUCGUCUUUGUUUUAUUUUGAGAGACAACUUUUAUUCAUGUGUUCCGUAGCACAGACCUUCAUUUUGAAUCCGAAUUUAAUAGUGCACUAAAUCCUUGUUUAUAUGUUUUUUCUUGAUAUUCUUUUACAACUUUAAUGUUUAAAUUAUCAGACAUACAAUAUACAAUUUUAAAGUAAAACAUUUUACGAAUUCGCCAGCCUAUUUUCUUGUCAAAUCUAGGAUUUCCUGUGUUGGAUGAAGCAUUUAAAAGAUCUAGACUUAUGAAAAUACAAGAGAUAUGAUAAGAUUUGACAAGAGUUAUCUGAAUGACAUGCAUAUAUUACACAUAAUAAAAUUGACGAAGUGAAUAUUUUGAUUUUUAUCAUUCUGUUAAACAUUGUCUGAUUGAAUACGGCAUGGACGAG